AUGGCCGGUCCGCUUGUGACACGGCGCAACGGUAAAACACAAGCUUGUGAGCCUUGUCGGCGACGGAAAGUAGCAUGCGACCAUUCCUAUCCUGUGUGUCGGCGUUGCAGGCGGAAGCCUAACGGUGAAGCGAAUUGCUACUACGCUACUGCUAGUCAGGAUACAAGUGCGCCGGGAAUAUUGCAACGACCAGAAAAUGGACCCUCACUGGGAGCUACGACAUCAAGAGAACCUCCAUUACAGUCUGGGCAUUUUGGUCCAGAUGAUAGACUAUGGAGUUCUCCUGCGGCACGGGCACCGCUGGGAUUCUUUGGUCCAACGAGUUUUCCAGCAGCUUACGAGGAGACCGAGACGAGCCUGGCAGCGCAAUUGACAAGAGGCGAGAAUGUACCACCAUCGCCAUCAUGUACUACUGCGCCAUCUAGGGUCGACAUACAAAACAUGGUCAACAUGGAUCAAGAAGCCAAUUGGCUGGCCAUCAGAGUACUGCAAGCCAUUCCAGAGAAGCCCUUUAGCGAUUCAUUCCACUCACACGCGAGCUCUGAUGGCUGGGUGAGAAAGAUUGGCGAGAGGUUAAUCACCAGCACGUGGGAGACAUUCGGUUCAUAUCUCCGCGACAGAGGAAACGUCGUAAAACUGCGCGAACUGGGCAGCAUGAUAUGCAUCAACACGCGAAGAAGUCUCAAGGAGGACCAAGACGACCCUCAAGCUUGGAUAGAGACCUUCUCGGGACCGAGUCUGCGAUGGGAGGCGAUAGGGAUGAUGUUUCUGUAUGCAGCACUUGGUGAGCUUUCUGCCAGUAUGACUGCCGAGUCGAGGAAGGUCUUGGAACAUUAUACCGAGUUUUGCUCGUCUUGUAUUACCCUCGCCAACAUGGGCGGUAGUUCGGGGUCUCUCAUGCUGUUUUUGAUGUACAAGCGCUCCGUACUACACGCGUGUAUGCAUGGCGAAACCAGUCUUCCAUACUGGAAAUUCCACGCCGAAACAGUCGCAAUGCUGACAUUUUCUGGCUUCCACGAUAAUCGGCCCAGGGACGCAUCAGGUAGCUCCUCUGAACCGACAGUUGCGAUGGAAAUUCGUCGACGCGUCGGGUGUCAGAUCUUCGUGGUGGAUAAAUUCCUUGCUACUUUGGUCGGACGUCCGCCUCUUUUAACGCGUCGGUUUUGCUAUAUUAAACCGCCGUUGGACUUAGAUGAUAGCGCAUUACUUUCGGACAAGGAAAUGUUCCGAGCAAGAGUUCAAGGCCUUGAUGCUGAUGGCUGGGAAACAGACGGGCGUUUUCACUCUACUACUCUCCUUCGUGUUCGGAUGAUGGUGGCGAUGAUUCGCGAUGAGAUCCUCGAGGCUGUGCUCAGCCAAAUUGGGGAAAGCACAUUUGGGCACCUUAUGAGUCUUAAAGUAAAAGAACUAGAACUAUACCAGAGACUGCCAGCCCACGUUAUCUGCAGCCGCACACUCGACGAGAUCCGGAAUAUUAACCUUCACAGCGACUACCCUAAACUUCUUACCAGACUCGACCAUUUGCUGAACUUGUUCUUGGUGGAGAGGGCGCUAGUCAAGCAAGGCCAUUCACGAGUUGAUCUUUUAACUAUUAGCUUUGAGAUGGUGGUCUUGACAUUGAGUCUCUGGACGCAGAAGCAUGUGUGGGCGGGAAUUCAGGGCGAAAGUCAAUGGAUUAUAAUGGGAUAUGCAACUCUUGCCGGGGCUGUCUUGUGCCUCGAAUUGAUGGACUCCGAUCCUGUCAUCAUCGCUCCAGGUAAUAACGUCAUUGCAGGCGAGACUUAUUCCAGAUCCUCUAUUAUUCAGCAACUGAGCCUUCUCGUCGGAUGUUUGAACGCAACAAACUCAUCGCAGCCAAACAGCUCAAUCUCUCAAAACAUCAGAGCUGUGAUAAAGAAGGUUCUCGACCAUAUUCUAAACAACCCAAGUAUUCCACCUGCCACAAUCGGCUUCGAAGGUUUUGACUUUACCGCCGAUUGGGAUACCUUCGCGCAGUUCAACCUGUUAGAUGACUUCGACUGGCUCUCUCAAGACCGCGAAAUGGAAGACUCCCGUGGCUUGCAGUAG